ACACUGCGGCCAUCUGGACUUUGGCAGUUGGACGCAGGCUUAGAGAGGGAAAAAGUGCCUGUGGCGCGGGGUGGGGUCGGUGGGGCGUGGCGGGGACGCCGUCGUGAAGCCGCCUGCCAGGCCGCGGCGCUUCCGUCCCCGGAGCCUGGAGCCCGCGCAACAUGGCGGCGCCCCGAGCUCGCGGCGGCUGCAGCCUGUCGGGCCUGCUGCCCGCGCAGACCUCGCUGGAGUACGCCCUGCUGGACGCCGUCACCCAGCCCGAGAAGGACGGCCUGGUCUACCAGUAUCUGCAGAAGGUGGACGGCUGGGAGCAGGACCUGGCGGUGCCCGAGUUUCCCGAAGGGUUGGACUGGCUGAACACAGAAGAGCCUAUUUCUGUCUACAAAGAUUUGUGUGGAAAAGUGGUUGUCCUUGACUUCUUCACCUACUGCUGCAUAAACUGUAUUCACCUGUUGCCUGAUCUCCACGAGUUAGAACAGACAUACUCUCAUAAAGAUUCUGGAGAUGGAAGAGAUUAUCCUUCAUAUUUGCUAUAGAAGUUUGAAAAAUUACCGUGUUUCUUUUUCUUGUUUACUUCUUUCUAAAAACAGCAUGUGAGUAAAUGAAAUUGACAAAAUGGUUCCGUUUAAUUAAGUUGAAAUGAAUGGAAGUUCUGUUUGUGGAGUGGGUAAAAAGGAAAUGGGGGCACUGAGCUUGUGAGAAUAAAGAUGGGAAUAGACUCUACAUGUACAAAAAUGAAGGGCUUCUUGAAUUUUAGU